GGACCCAAUUCGUGCUGCGUCAUUUUCUCUGAUGAACGUGGUUGCAAUGUGCAGAAUGGGAGCGUUUCCGGAAAAAGACACAAACGUUCAUAGCUAAAGCGAGGCCAAUCCUUCUUCUCGACAUUCACAUUGUCAAAUUUACAAGUCUGUUACUGGCCGAAUUCAAAAGCCGACGACGCGUUUCCUUCUUCAGAUAUGGCUUCCAAUCCUUCGCUUCUCCCUGAGAUCGGACCCGAUGGUCUCCCUAGAGAAGCUCCUGUCAUUAGCUACACCGAGAAGAUCAUCGAGGCAGAGCAGCUUCAAUUAAAGAAAUACAUUGAAGAGAACUACUCUAAAAUUCGUGAUGUGGAACGCGAGCUUGCAAAUCUCACAAUGGAGAUGAAACUCACUGCUGGGCCAAAGAAAGCAGCACUCGAACUUCUGAGGAAGAAAAUAGAGGCGUCAACGGAGAGAAUUCGUGUGGCCAAGCAAAAGGAAGAACAAGCACGAAAGGUAUGGGAGUCAGCAUCAAAAGUAGUAAAGGAUGAAGAGGCUAUUAAACAGAAGCUAUGUGAAGACUUGAACAAUCUGGUCCAAGAGAGCAGUAGCAGUCAGUUUUCUAGGCUGGAGGAAUUAAAACGACGAUUGGAAGCUUUGAAUCCAAAUAGAGCAUCAACCACUCCUCAUCAUGAUGAGAGAUCAAGGAGUUCUUCUCAGGAUGAUACAAUUAAAGAUUUGUCCUCUGUUCCCAACACAAGGGAACCAAAUGGGGGUUCAGCCGAUAGUAGUUCCACCCAAAGAAACGAGCAGAAAGACCCAGGGACAAAUGGACAUAAUCAGCAGCCUUCUAAUGAGGGAGGAGGAAGAGGUAAAAAGAAAGCUAACUUCCAAUUAAAAGGAAAGGGAAUUGGUGCAGUGGUUAAAGGUCGACCGGCGGCCCCGGGCUGGACUGGGGCCGGAUUUGAUGUGGAUGGUGGGACAUGAUGUCAUGAUCUGUCAGUAAAAGCAUAGGGGAUGAGAAGUCAUUACUUUCCAGUACAAAAUAUAGUUUUAUCCAUUAACUGGGAAAUUCCAUCUACCUCAAUUGUAUGUAACUAUGUACUGCUUACCAUGACAGCUUGCUGAUCCAAAAAUGAGGGGCCUUUCUUGUGUCUUUCGUGCCAGAACAAAUAAACAUUGUAAGUUACAUUUGCCCUCCCGAUAUGUUUAAUCGCGUAUACGUUGAUUUCUUUGUUUAA